AGAAGACGACGACCUUUGGCUAAAUGCUUCCUGUUAGGGCACAUGACUGCACCAUGAACAGAGUGCUGCCAUACACCUAUCAGAAAAUCAUUGGUUGACUGUUUUCACAAUGGCGAACGUGGUUUUUAUGAAGCGUUAUGCUCCACAAUGUUUGGUAUCAUGUGCGCGGUUCGUCCAGGCGUCUCUGUUCCACACUCGGAUCACUCGGUUCAACUCCAACAGGACAUCGGUGGCGCGCUGUUAUCGGCAGAGAUACGAGAGGCUGUAUCCUGUGCUGCUGGUCCGGCCAGAUGGGUCCACCGUCAACAUCAAAUACAAAGAACCCAGACACAUUCUUACGCUGCCAGUCAAUCUGUCUGCUCUGUCUGAAGAGGACCGUCAAGCUCGACAGAAAAAGAAACAAGUAAAGAAGACUGAAAAACAGACAGCAGUUCACUAUGAAGAUGACUUCAAAGCUGAGAAAUACAGCCACUUCUGGAGGAAGAAAUAACCAAUUUAUAUGUGAAUGUCACGUGUGACUGAGGCAACCUUUUUAAAUUAGACUCUUGAAAAUAUAAGUUUCCAUUUGUUCAUAUACAGUGUGUUUAAAUGAGAUCAUUUUCAUUCCAAAAAUGAUUCUUCCAAAAGAGGCAAACUUGAGAUGUUGAAACCCAGACUUAAAACAUUCUUAUGGCAGAAUGUCUGAAUGAACACCAUGUUUCCAAGAGGAAAUUCUGAUGCUGGGUUUUUCUUGGAGUCUAGGGGUUACACUAUAAGAUGUGUAAAUAACACGCUAAAGCAGGAAACCUUAACAAUAUUAUGUUGAUAAAACUUUUUUUUAAAGCUG